CAAAAACAGCGCACAACCCACUUCAAAAUUGCAAUUUUCCCUUUAUUAUAUGCUUUGCACCUCCUUCUCUGCUCCUUCUCUCAAGCUUCUGCAUUUUCUUAUCUUCUUCUUCUUCUCUCCCAGUGCUUAGCACCUCAAACCCCAUUUACCCACUUCCUUUUGCUUGCAAUAUUACAAGAAAGGGAGAAGCAGGAGGGCAGUUUACCAGGUUCCUUGAAUCUUGGGUGUGUUAAACAAGAUGAGUAAACAAGAACUGUUGAAGACCCAGCAGACCUCUGUUCUUAGAGUGAAUAUACACUGUGAUGGGUGCAAGCAGAAAGUGAAAAAGAAAUUGCAGAAGAUUGAAGGAGUUUAUGCUGUGAAGAUUGAUGUGGAUCUUGGAAGGGUGACAGUAACAGGGAAUGUUGAUCCUGGAACACUUAUAAAGAAGCUUGUGAAGUCAGGGAAGCAUGCAGAGCUAUGGUCACAGAAGGGAAACAGUAAUAAUAAUGCCUUCAAUAUGAUGAACAGCCAGUUUAUGAAUAUGCAGAUUGGGGAUUUUAAAGGGGGGAAAGAUCAGAAAUCCCAGAAUAAAGGUGGGAAUAAGGAGCAGAAGGGAGGGGGAGGGCAGAUGAUGAUGAUGCAGAAUAUGAUGAAAGGGGGGAAGGAUUUGAAAGGGGGUCACAACAAGGACCAGAAAUCUGUGAAGUUCAAUUUGCCGGAGGAUGAGUUUGAUGACGAUUCGGAUUAUUUUGAUGACGAUUCGGAUGAUUUUGAUGAUGAUUUUGAUGACGGGUUUGACGGCGGUCACCACCACCAGCCGCCGCCUGCCAAGUCAAAGUCGAUGCCUUUUAUGGGCGGCGGUGGUGGUGGCGGUGGUGGUGGUGGAGGUGGGCAUGGAGGUUUUAGUGGAAUGAUGAAUAUGUUGAAGGGUGGGGCAGGUAAUAAUCAUGGUGGGAAUGCCAAGAAAGGGGGUGGGGUUGAUAUCCCUGUUCACUUCAAGGGCAUGCCUAGUGGUGGCAAUCAUCAUGAUGGUAAUAAGAAUAGUAAUGGGGGGAAGAAUGGAAAGGGAGGAAAUCAAAAUCAAGGUGGGGGUAAAGGCAAAAAUGGUGGUGGCGGUGGCGGCGGUGGUUUUCCGGGGGACGGUAAGAACAGCGGUGGAGGUCACGGUAAAGGCGGCGGGGGCGGGCAAAAGAAUGGAGGGUUUAUGAUGAACAAUAUGCAACAAGGAUUCCAUGAAGGUGGAGGGAAAGGAAUGGGCCAAAUGGGGGGAAUGGGGAAUUACCCAAUGGGUGGGAAUAUGGCGGCGGUCCAAGGCCUACCGGCGCCGGGGGCUGGCGGAAUGAAAGGCGGUGGCGGUUACUUCCCCGGGAUGGGGAUGGCAAUGGGUCAGGGCGGGAACCCUUACAACCCGCAGCAACAACACUACAUGGCUCAAAUGAUGAUGAACCAAUACCAGCAGCCGCGGCCUAAUGGCUAUGACAUGUACGGGCACGGCGGGCAUCCUAUGAUGUACGCGCCGCCACACCCCGCCAUGGGCUACGGGCCGCCCCCUCCCCACGUCAACGACAACUUCACUCACAUGUUCAGCGAUGAAAACACCGGCAGCUGUACUAUAAUGUAAAAAUUUGUUUAGACAGUUAAGGUUUGUUCACCACCCACCCUGCACUAUGUUUUGGUCUAGUUCAUAUAUCAUGAGUUUGUGCUGUUUCCUGUUUUCUUGGUCUACUACUGCACCUACUACUUGUUUAGGUAAUUAGCCCUUUUGGAAUGAUAAUUUUGCCUGUUGCCUUGAAAA